AUGAUACUUUCCUUCACCUCAUUUGGAGGAAAAGUGGAUACAUUAGUAAAUCAAGGGUCUGGGCCUUACUGUUUUAGAGUAGGUGGCCAGGUUCAUCAUCGAAUGGGCAAUCUUCUGCCAACUGACUGUCAGACUCCAAAAUUUGCUCAACUUUAUAUAUGCGAUACUGAGAAUGAAGUUGAUCAUAGACUGGGUUCUAUAAGUUCCACCAACAAAGAAGAUAUGCUUGAUCCCAAUAUAAUUCAAUCCUUGAAGGAUAUGUUAGAUGAACAUAACAGUAUUGCUCAAUCUUUUCGGUAUGCCAGAGACCGAUAUAAUGAAGACAUCUUGAAUGGUGUCAGGUUGAGGCUUAUUCGAAGGCGUAGUAGUGAUGGAAGAGUUUAUAAUCUUCCAUCCGCAUCCGAAGUUGCUGCUUUGAUUGUUGGAGAUAUAGAUGGCUCAAUGGGUGAUAGGGACAUCAUUGUUGAAACCCGAAAUAGAGUUUUGCAGCGCUUAGAUGUGCAACAUCCGUUAUACCUUGGUAUGCAAUAUCCUUUGUCAUUUCCUUACGGUGAAGAUGGCUACCGUGAUGAUGUCCAGCGCAAUAUUGAAUCCAGUGGAAGAACAAAACCUAGAGCCACUAUCAGCAUGAGAGAAUUCUUUUCAUUUAGACUUCAAACAAGAUCGGGAGAGUCUCAAAUUCUCCAUCACUCAAGAAGACUUUUUCAACAGUUCUUGGUAGAUGCUUACACUAUGAUUGAGCAUGAACGACUAAGCUUCAUUCGUCAUAACCAAGAUCAUCUCAAAGCUGAUUUGUACCAAAAUGUUAUUCAUGCAUUUAAUAGAGGUGAAGAUGCCGCAGCCAAAACUGGAAAGCGUAUCAUAAUACCUUCUUCUUUCACAGGCGGACCUAGAUAUAUGACUGAAAAUUGUAAAGAUGCUUUUGCAAUUUGUCGUUGGGCUGGGUAUCCUUAUCUUUUUAUUACAAUUACAUGCAAUCCUAAGUGGCCGAAAAUUUCACGGUUCCUAAAUGCUAAAAAUCUAAAACCUGAAGAUCGUCCAGAUAUACUUUGCAGAGUGUUCAAAUUCAAAUUGGAUCAAUUGCUUAAUGAUUUAAGAAAGGAACAUUUUCUUGGAAGAGUUAAUGCAUAUGUUUGUACCAUUGAGUUUCAAAAGCGUGGACUGCCUCAUGCUCACAUCCUACUAUUCUUGCACCCUUCUGACAAGCCAAAUAGUGGAAUUGAUAUUGAUAAAUUGAUUUCAGCAGAGAUUCCUAAUAAAGAUACCCAUUCAUCCCUGUUUUCGGCUGUCAACACUUACAUGAUGCAUGGCCCCUGUGAUCCUGACAAUUACAAUUCUCCUUGCAUGAAAGAUGGAAAUUGUUCAAAGAAAUUUCCCAAGAACUUCUGCUCCCGUACUUUUAUUGAUGAUGACGAAUUCCCUCAUUACAAGAGAAAUAAUGAUUGUACAGUUGUCAACAAAAAUGGUGUUGAACUUGAUAAUCGUUAUGUUGUGUCGUAUAAUGCAAAACUUCUUUUAAAAUAUCAAGCUCAUAUUAAUGUUGAAUAUACCUGUCAAAGCAAGGCCAUAAAAUAUCUUUUUAAAUAUAUUCAUAAGGGAAAUGAUCGAGUGACAGCUGCGAUCCAUCAUUCAAAUUCAUUUAGCCAUAGCACUUGCACAAAUGACGAGAUUAAAAUGUUUUACGAUUGCAGGUAUGUCUCUGCAUGUGAAGCAGCUUGGAGAAUUUUUGGAUUUGAUGUUCAUUGGAGAUACCCCACUGUUCAGAGAUUGUCAUUUUAUCUACCUAAUCAAAAGAACAUUGUUUUUAGUCACAGUGCUUCGAUAUCUGAUGUAAAGACACGGGCGAAAUCUAGAAUAUCAAUGUUCGAGUCUUGGAUGGAAGAAAACAAAAAAAAUUCGGAGGGAAGGGAUCUUACUUAUGCUGAGUAUCCCACUUAUUUUGCUUACAAAGAAGAUACACAGGAAUGGCAUCCAAGAAAAAAAGGAUUUUUAAUUGGAAGAAUAAAUCAAUUUUCUGCUAAUAAUGGAGAAGAUUCCUAUUUGCGGCUCCUGCUUACUUUUCAAAAGGGUUAUGCAGUUCUUACGGAAGAGUCCAUAAAAAACACAACACUUGCUGAAAUUGAUAAGGUACUGCAAAGCAAUGAGAGAUGCCUUUCUGAUUACCCAUCAACGGUGAAUCUUUACUUCAUGUGCAAAAUAGUUUGGAAAAACAUUUUUCUGGAAUACCCUGUCCGCUUUUUUAGAUCAAAUGGUGAAAUUAUACUUAAUGUUGCUUCUAGCGGAAUUGCUUCUCUUUUGCUUCCUGGAGGACAAACUGCAUAUUCUAGAUUUCGUAUUCCCAUUCAUAUCACUGAAGAUUCAACCUGUAAUAUCACUUGA